UCACAACAAGAAGUAACAAACAAACACUACACUCAAAGCUCAGUUUCUCGCUAUUGCUAUUGCUCUUGCUCUUUCUCUUUGCUAAGCUUCUCAGAGAUAAACAACAAUGUCGGCGAUAUUUUCUCACUGUACACCUAUCACCUCAGACAAAGCCGCCUCUCUCUCCUCCUCAUUUUCCGGUCACGAUCUCUGGCGAUCGGCCCAACUCCCCCGAAAGUUCUGCUCGACCAUUUCGGUCUCUUCUCCGGCGAGCUCUCCGGCUUUACGAUCAUGGAUCGCUUGCCAGAUUUCCUCCUCCGCCGCCGCUACUUCGCCACUUUCUUCCUCCGUCAAUGUCCAAGCGAAAUCAGGGCAGAAGGAUUUUCUGCACAUUAGUGAUUUUGACAAGGCUACUAUUUUAAAGAUCUUAGACCAGGCUGCAGAAGUCAAAGCAUUGCUAAAAUCAGGAGACAGGACAUUCCUUCCAUUCAAGGGGAAAACAAUGGCGAUGAUCUUUGCAAAGCCAUCCAUGAGAACCCGAGUUUCUUUUGAGACUGGGUUUUCCUUGCUAGGAGGCCAUGCUAUAUACUUGGGACCUGAUGAUAUUCAGAUGGGUAAGCGGGAGGAAACUCGUGAUGUUGCUCGUGUUUUGUGUCGCUAUAAUGACAUUAUUAUGGCACGGGUCUUUGCUCAUCAGGACAUUCUUGAUCUAGCUAAAUAUGCAACUGUACCUGUUGUUAAUGGCCUGACAGACUAUAACCAUCCCUGCCAAAUAAUGGCCGAUGCCCUCACUAUAAUUGAAUAUAUCGGUCAUUUGGAAGGAACCAAGGUCGUCUAUGUAGGAGAUGGAAAUAACAUUGUACACUCUUGGUUGUUGUUGGCAUCAGUUAUUCCCUUCCAUUUUGUUUGUGCCUGCCCUAAAGGUUUUGAACCAGAUGAACAAACAGUUGAGAAGGCACGAAAGGCUGGAAUCAGCAAGAUUGAAAUAACAAAUGAUCCAAAGGAAGCCGUUAGAGGAGCUGAUGUUGUCUACUCAGAUGUGUGGGCCAGCAUGGGACAAAAGGAAGAGGCUGCCCAUCGACGUCAAGUGUUUAAAGACUUUCAGGUGGAUGAAAAUCUUAUGAAGUUAGCAGGCCCAAAAGCCUACUUCAUGCAUUGCUUACCCGCAGAAAGAGGAGUUGAGGUCACUGAUGAUGUUAUCGAAGCUCCAAAUUCCAUUGUCUUCCCACAGGCUGAGAAUCGCAUGCAUGCACAGAACGCCAUAAUGCUUCAUCUGUUUGGCUUGUAAUUGCACAUUAGCCCCACAAGUUGAAGUUGCUCAGUAUUCAGCUUUAGCCGUCUACUAGGAUUUUGUGGGUUAAGUAUGUUUUUACUGUAUCUUUUUCCCAAUGUAGUGCUAGAACAUCACAGCUCAAUAUAUUGAGGUUUACUUUGAACUUCAAUUGAUGCUUAUUUUGAAGACUAUUCUAGUCUGUUGCAUGUUGUUGGAUUUUGUGGGUUUAGUAUGUUUUUACUGUAUCUUUUUCCCAAUGUAGUGCUAGAACAUCACAGCUCAAUAUAUUGAGGUUUACUUUGAACUUCAAUUGUUCCUUA